UAUGGCGGAGCAGAGAUCGUGGAUCAGAUUGAGCUGCUGUGUCAGAAACGAGCGCUCACUGCCUUCGGUUUGGACCCAAAUCUGUGGGGCAUCAACGUCCAGCCGUACUCCGGAUCCCCCGCUAACUUUGCAGCGUACACAUCUGUCCUGCAGCCUCAUGACCGCAUCAUGGGCCUGGACCUGCCUGACGGAGGACACCUUACCCACGGCUAUAUGACGGACACCAAGAGAAUCUCAGCCACCUCCAUUUACUUUGAAUCAAUGCCUUACAAGCUGGAUCCCAAAACAGGUCUGAUAGAUUAUGAGCAGCUGGAGAGGAACGCCCGACUCUUCAGACCCAGACUUAUCAUAGCAGGAACCAGCGCCUACGCCCGCCUCAUCGACUACGCUCGCAUGAAAAAGCUGUGUGUGGAGCUCAACGCCUACCUGCUGGCUGACAUGGCUCAUAUCAGCGGCCUGGUGGCAGCCGGAGCAGUUCCCUCUCCCUUCCAGCACGCUGACCUGGUCACCUCCACUACCCAUAAGUCCCUGCGUGGAGCAAGGGCCGGUCUGAUCUUCUACAGGAAAGGCGUGCGGUCUGUGGAUAAGAAAGGUCGGGAGGUGACCUAUGACCUCCAGGACAGGGUGAACUUUGCCGUGUUCCCAUCACUUCAGGGAGGACCUCACAACCACGCCAUCGCAGGGGUGGCCGUUGCCCUCAAACAGGCUUCCACUCCCAUGUUCAAACAGUACAUCGCUCAGGUGCUGCUCAAUGCCAAGAGCAUGGCUAACGCUCUGCUGAAGAAAGGCUACACCUUAGUGUCAGGUGGAACAGACAAUCACCUGGUCUUGGUUGACCUUCGACCUCGCGGGAUGGACGGGGCUCGAGCUGAGAGGAUCCUGGAGCUGGUGUACAUCACGGCCAACAAGAACACCUGCCCCGGAGACAAGAGCGCUCUCACUCCAGGAGGACUGCGGCUCGGAACUCCAGCUCUUACCUCCAGACAGCUCAAUGAGGCAGACUUUGAAAAGGUUGUAGAUUUUAUCGAUGAGGGGAUUCAGAUCGCACUGGAUGUGAAGAAGAAGACUGGGAAUCUGGCCAGCUUCAGGUCCUUCCUGCUGGAGGACCAGGAGACGGUGUCGCGCAUCGCGGAGCUCCGCCAGCGGGUGGAGCUGUUCGCCAGACCCUUUCCCAUGCCUGGCUUCACUGACCACUGAAUAUAACACCACGUGAGGGAGGGUCAUGGACAUUUUAUUCAUUCCCCCUUUACUGUAACCAAUCUUUUGAUAAUACUUGAUAUUAUAAUGAUGUGCAUAAUUAUUGUGGCUGCCAUUGGAGUCUAUGAUUAAAACGACUUCAUAUGUAAAUGUACAGACAGGUGUUGAUAAUAAUGAUAAUGCUUUGGAUUAUAGGCUACAUGUGUACAACCUGAUCAUGUUGCUCUUAAAAGGUACUCUAUCCUCCAGCUGCUGCCCUCAAAUUGUCUCCAAUUCUCAAACUGUAAUUUGGUUGGACUAAGCCUAGAAGUAUACAGUGUGUUUGGUAUUUCACUUUUAGUCACUAAGCUGAUUCAAGAGCAAUUAUCGAGUUCUGGGAGUUUGACAGCAGCUUUGUUAAGGAGCAAACCGAAAGGGAAAAGCAGAACAUACUGGGUUUCCAGUCUUUUAUUAAUCACCUUCUAUAUCUUCAACUUGAUUUGUAUUUGAAAAGGAUAUUUUAAGAAUGUACAUGCAGUAGAUCUUCCUAGUUGCAGUCUUUAUACAAUGUUUUCAAGAUUUCAUAAGCUCUCUGUAGUCACUUUUCAAUACAUGGCAGAUGAUUUGUUACUAGUUUACGAAGCAGGGAGGAGACUGCAGAGUUUAUAAACACUGAUCCAUGUUAAGCUGCUGGCAUUUCCUCCGGUCAUUUCCUCUCACUGUCAACUUCAGGGAAUAGUCCAGAAAAACAAAUAUAAGCUGAUCUUUACACAAUUAGAUCUGACAGAGGGAGAUGAAGCCAAAGCUUUGUCACUGAGCUUCACAUGCCAUUUUUUGGAAGUGGACUUCUUAUCUCAGCUGGUUUUGAUUUCCAUCUGAAUACAUUGUUUUAAAUUAAACCUCUUUGCAUGAACAAUGAUAACCAGUGUGUUCCUGUUAUAAACAAGUUCCCAC